GUAAGAUUAAAAUCAUUUUAACGAUGGAUACAAAACUUUACGAUACUAUUUUGCCAAAACAUAAAAUGUUUGAGGAUAUAAAAAAAAGCCUGCAGGAGAAUACAGGUGCCAAGUUGUAUAAUUUUAUAGAAUUGAAAGAUGAUGUUCUUUACAUUUGGAAUUCUGUUGAGAAUUGCCUGUUUUGUCUUAAUCUGAAACAUUUGGAGGAACAUCCUGAUAAUACGCCGUACCAGCGCUUACAGCUGUUGUCACCGCCGGAGUUCAAUGUGGAGCGUGUGGUUGGUAGUGCUUGCGGCGGCCGGCUGUGCGCGUAUGGGGCCCGCGGCGCCACACUCGUAGACCUGCCGGCGCGAUGGGGCCGCGCGGGACUAUUUGAUAACGGCAACCAAACUGUAUUGUGCAAAAGUGUCUCCCUGGACGAGAGGUUCCUGUUCUCUCAGGGUGAGAUCCGGCGCGUGCAGUGGCAUCCCAGCUCGCUUUCACAUAUCCUUGUACUCAUGUCUGAUAACACUAUCAGAUUAUACAACAUAGCGUUAAAGUCCGGUCCGAAACUGGUCAAGUCCAUCCCUGUCGGACUGAAGCCGUCCAGUCAACUGGCCGGGCGGAACAUCCUGGACAGCCUGGGAGACACCGCCGUGGACUUCACCCCACUACCUAAUACGGAUUCUCUGCUCAUCUUGAGAGGAGACGGAGAGGUCUAUAUGGUGCAAUGCACACUGGAUAGCAAAGGUCCCCUGCAGCCGCGACUGUGGGGUCCGCUGCCCAUCUACCCCCCUGCUGAUGACAACUACGGCUCUGAGUCCUGCUCCAUCUGUGUGCUCGGCGCCGGAGACACCUUGCUCGUGGUCAUCGCCACCUGCUCCGCCGCACUCUACCACUGUCUGCUGCUGCCUGCUCCGCCUGAAGAUGGCGAUGACAGAAGCGGUUACGCGCUUUACGUGGUGGAGUCUGUGGAGCUGAAUCUCAAUCUUAGCUCCGAAGACGGAGAGUUCUCUCACUCGUAUCCGGUACAUCUGUACCCGUGUACAAGCAACACGUACGCGUGCGUGCACAUGGGCGGAGUGCACACAGUCUCGCUGCCGAUACUGGACAAACUGAAAGACUACGCUGCGGCAGAUGAAACGAAUGCCGAGAGCGCGCUGUCAGCUAUCUGUACACACAGCAGCUCGGCGCAGCACGCGGUCAGCUGGCGGCGUGCUGGAUGUGGUGCUGCAGCAGUGCGGGGACCUCGCCCUCUGCUGCUGCUGCUAGCACCCGACGGUGCGCUACUCACCAGGUACAUACACACACAGACAGACAGACAGACAUAUCACAUGCUGCUGGCGGCGUGCUGGAUGUGGCGCUGCAGCAGUGCGGGGACCUCGCCCUCUGCUGCUGCUGCUAGCACCCGACGGUGCGCUACUCACCAGGUACAUACACACACAGACAGACAGACAGACAUAUCACAUGCUGCUGGCGGCGUGCUGGAUGUGGUGCUGCAGCAGUGCGGGGACCUCGCCCUCUGCUGCUGCUCAGUGCGGGGACCUCGCCCUCUGCUGCUGCUGCUAGCACCCGACGGUGCGCUACUCACCAGGUACAUACACACACAGACAGACAGACAGACAUAUCACAUGCUGCUGGCGGCGUGCUGGAUGUGGCGCUGCAGCAGUGCGGGGACCUCGCCCUCUGCUGCUGCUGCUAGCACCCGACGGUGCGCUACUCACCAGGUACAUACACACACAGACAGACAGACAUAUCACAUGCUGCUGGCGGCGUGCUGGAUGUGGUGCUGCAGCAGUGCGGGGACCUCGCCCUCUGCUGCUGCUGCUAGCACCCGACGGUGCGCUACUCACCAGGUACAUACACACACAGACAGACAGACAUAUCACAUGCUGCUGGCGGCGUGCUGGAUGUGGUGCUGCAGCAGUGCGGGGUCCUCGCCCUCUGCUGCUGCUGCUAGCACCCGACGGUGCGCUACUCACCAGGUACAUACACACACAGACAGACAGACAUAUCACAUGCUGCUGGCGGCGUGCUGGAUGUGGUGCUGCAGCAGUGCGGGGACCUCGCCCUCUGCUGCUGCUGCUAGCACCCGACGGUGCGCUACUCACCAGGUACAUACACACACAGACAGACAGACAUAUCACAUGCUGCUGGCGGCGUGCUGGAUGUGGCGCUGCAGCAGUGCGGGGACCUCGCCCUCUGCUGCUGCUGCUAGCACCCGACGGUGCGCUACUCACCAGCACCCGACGGUGCGCUACUCACCAGGUACAUACACACACAGACAGACAGACAGACAUAUCACAUGCUGCUGGCGGCGUGCUGGAUGUGGUGCUGCAGCAGUGCGGGGACCUCGCCCUCUGCUGCUGCUGCUAGCACCCGACGGUGCGCUACUCACCAGGAGCCUGGAGCCGUAUGAGCUGGAAGAACGGUUGUACCGCGAGAUCCAGCUUCGCAACCCAAACCUCGAACCUGACGACCUCAACAAGCUGCUCAAAGAGAAGCAAAAGUUGUCGUUCGUGACGAUAGUGCAGGAGAUACUGGCGCGAGAGGCAUCACAGCCUCUGCUGCAUCUGCGCAGAUCUGAGUCCGACCAGCCCAGCCCCAAGGACUGUCUGGAGUUGUUAACACAAGCGACGUUACUCCUGCGCAAGGAGUACAUGAGCCGGCAGUCGCGAGCUGGCAGCGCCCUCGCGCGCAAGUCUGCAGCUCUCUCCAGCCUCGCCAACAACUUCCUCAACUGGAGGAACACCAUCUCUGUUGAGAUGGAUGGUAUUGUGGAGCGCGGGCGGCUGCUGCAGCAGAAGUGCGCGCUGGCUGAGCAGCAGCAGGAGGACCUCAAGUACAGAUGCUCGGUGGUGUCGCGGCGCGUGCGCGCAGGCAGCGUGCGGAGCGGGGAGGAGCGCGAGCUGUGCGCGGAGUUGGAGAGAUACAGGCGCGGGGCGGACGCGCUCGCGCACCAGAUACACGCGCUCAACAAACACGCACAACACAAGGCUGAAGAGUUGCGGCGCUGGCACGAGGAGUACAAGCGCAAGGAGACUGCUCUCGGCAAAACACACAGCGACACAAUCUCCUCCGUACUGCAGCAACAAACCAGUCAAAUAUCAUCUCUGAUUGAAGAAACGAAACUCCUCAAGGAUCAGCUGAGUAUUGUUUAACUUCUGUAUUUAUUAUUUCUUAUUUUACAUUUAAAUAUAUGUAAUAAACAA